GAUUGAAAGGGCCGCUGGUGCGAGCCCGGAGCAGGGCAGGCAGCCGCGUCUGGGUGCGAUCGCAACCUCCGCUCUACCGGAGCAGGGCUCCCCAGCUGCGCCCCUGGCCGCGCAAAGCACAGCUGCUCGCCAGCCAUGCGCGCUCUCCGCCUCGCCGCCCUGUGCGUUCUCCUGGCCCUGCAGCCGGCGGAUUGCCAGCAAGCUCGGGGAAAUCUCCAGCCAUGGAUGCAAGGGCUCAUUGCAGUGGCUGUUUUCCUAGUCCUGGUGGCCAUCGCUUUUGCCGUUAAUAAGUUUUGGUGUCAGGAAAAAGAGGAAAACAUCGAGUCGGUGGUCACCAGCAGGAACAAGAAGGAAGAGUCUGUGGCAUCCAACGGGACUGAGGGGAGGUAUUCGAUCACAACCGCUGACUUCAGGUCCAAAGACGCCCAGCACGCCUAUGAAAAUGUCAUUGAGUACGAGGGGAAAGUCGUCACUACUCAGAUGUAAGAGCUGCCUUUGAGGAUCGCCGGCUUCUUGCCAUCUUUCUUCACCCCUCUCCCAUUCUAACUUGGCACCCCCGUGCUGUGGUCAGCUCGCUAGCGGGGAGUCAGCCCGCUUGGAUUCACCCACACUCCGGAAGAUGAAGACUGCUCCCCAGAAGGAUCACCGUAGCCAGACAAUUUGCUUCCUCCAGGAGGACAAUUUUUCUUGCCUGAGACAACGCCACCGCCGAACUCAUGUGAAACCUGCUGCUUGCCAGGGCAGAUGGAUAAACUCCCGCAUCGGCCAGUGGCAACAAUUCAGAUAUUUCUAGGGUGGUGGGGGGCAGUUUCAAUUCCCCGGCAUCCCCACUCCUACCCUCAUGAACCCUGCCUCUCCCUUGACUGGAGAAUCUCCCUUUGCUGCUACGUACACAGGGCAUGAGCCGCUGCCAGCAGAAGUCAAGUUCUUAGCGGGCUCCUCUGCUCUCCACUGUAGAGGGAAAGACGCCCCGUGCGCCACGGCCCAGCAUUGUUUGGCCCGGCUGUGCCUCCACCAGAGUUGAGUGCCAUUGUGGUCCUGUGCGCGAGGGUGCCACAACGCUUGUUGACACUGGGCCACGCUGCCCCCUCCCUCUGUCCAGAGAGGGGGGGUCUGGUCAAAUUCAAGUGGCUUUGUGGCCACACCGCUGUGUAGGCCCCCAGCAUCCCCAAAAAGGGCAGGGGAGGGAGAAACAACAGCCACAGCUGCCUCCUUUCUCCUUCUCCCACCUCCUUCCCUGUCAGCAUGGGCAGGCCCUCACACCCAAUGGAUCAGUGCUAGAACCAAUACCGAGGGAGAUAUAAAGGCUCUGAUUUCUCCCCUCCUUCCAUCCCUGAGGGAUGCAGGAAGCAGCCUGCGACUCCUAGAUACCAGUGCUGCCCUCUGUGUACAGAAACCUCCUUCUCUUUGCCUCAAAGAACACCCCCUCUGACAUCUCUUCUUCGCCCUGGCCUGGUGUAACAGCAUUGCUGCUAAGCGCCUGUGCAGUGCAACAGCCUUUUGUUAUGUUCCAAUAAGCUAAAGUCUUCUACACCCAUUCUCUCCAGAGCCAGUUAUUUAUUGGUGGCCAAAGCGGGCAGCCUUGUACGGGUGGCUUUCCCUUUUGAUGUCCCUUUAUGAACAAAGAAGCCAAUUGGUUGACUUGGCCAGGUCCAAAAUCUCCCCCUGUGAACAUAUUUUCCUUGUAGCAAUAAAGAAAAUGAUUCUUUACUACGAUGGUAUGAAUUACAAGGCACAAACCAGCUUCGUAGAGACUUAAAAGAACACUGUGAACAGGAAAGCACCUCCGGCUGUGAAAAAGGACAUUGUUCCCAGCAACAGGCAGGAGGUACAACCAGCAUAAGUUGCCACGAGGAAGGCAAGCAUUAGAUCCCCGGUGCUGGUGUGUCUCUCACAGUCCUGACUAGCCUACAGGCCCAACCCAGUCUUUGUGAAAGGUUUGAGCAAGCAAGGACAGUUGGAUUUGGAUCUGAGGCAGAGAACAAUGGGUUUUGUGGCUAGGGUGCUGGAUUGAGGCACAGGAAAUCAAGGUGCAGUUCCUGGCUCUGACUCAGAAUCCUUGGGUAACCUUGGUCAUGUCACUAAGCCCAGAUACUCAAAGGCUGUCCUGUGGGAGUUAGGCAUCUAAAUCAUAAAACCAUAGGACAGGACAGAACCUUGAGAGGUCAUCUCGUCCAGUCCCUUGCUCUCUAGGCAGGACUGAGUGUUAGUCCCUGACAGGUGUUUGUCUAGACCUGCUCUUAAAUAUUUCCAGUGACGGAGAUUCUACAACCUCCUUGGGAAAUUUACUCCUGUGUUUAACCAUCCAGACAGGAAGUUUUUUCUACUGUCUGGCAAUGUUCUCUCUCAUGUUUUUUCCAGUCCAUGUGUGGAAUAAAUGUUAUGUGCACUGAGG